AUGGGCCGCCGCCGCCUGCCGGUCUGGCUGUGCGCCUUGGCGGCGCUGCUCUCGGGGGCGCAGGCCAAGGGCACCCCGCUCCUCGCGCGGCCCGCGCCGCCGGGUGCUUCCCGCUACAGCCUCUACACGACGGGAUGGCGCCCGCGGCUGCGCCCGGGGCCGCACAAGGCCCUCUGUGCCUACGUUGUACAGAGGAAUGUGACCUGCGUCCUACAGGAAGGAGCGGAGAGCUACCUAAAGGCUGAAUACCGGCAGUGCAGCUGGGGGCCCAAGUGCCCCGGGACAGUCACGUACCGCUCGGUGCUCAGACCCAGAUACAAGGUGGGCUACAAGACGGUGACGGACCUUGCCUGGCGUUGUUGCCCUGGCCUCGCUGGAGAAGGCUGUCCCGAACACCUCGCGGACCACGGGGCCACACCACCUCAGCCAGAGCCUGAGACCCAGAGUCCCUCGGGGCAGGUGGCCCCAGGCCCCAGACCCCUUCCUUCCAGUCGAGUGGCCCCAAGCCCCCACGGAAGGAAAGGCCCAGGGCUGUUUGGUGAACGGCUGGAACGCCUGGAGGGUGACGUCCAGCGCCUGGCACAAGCAUAUGGUACCCUCAGCGGCCUGGUGGCCAGGCGUGAAGACCCCAGUAGGAUGACUGGUGGACCCAGGGCUCCUGCUGCCCCCGUGGGCUUUGGGGUCAUCCCCGAGGGCUUUGUGAGCCCCCGAGACAGAGCUGGAAGACCGCUCAGCCCGCCCCUGGAGGAGAUCCUGAGCAAGGUGACGGAGGUGAGCAACACCCUCAGGACCAAGGUGCAGCUGCUGGACAAGGUGCACGGGCUGGCCCUCGGCCACGAGGCUCACCUGCAGCGGCUGCGGGAGGCACCCCCGUCCCCCCUCACCUCCCUGGCGCUGCUGGACGAGUACGUGGACCGACGGCUGCACCGGCUCUGGGGCAGCCUGCUGGACGGCUUCGAGCAGAAGCUGCAGGGCGUCCAGAGCGCGUGCGACCUGCGCGUGCAGGAGGUGCAGCAGCAGUGUGAGGAGGGCCAGGCGGCCAGCCGGAGGCUGCACCAGAGCCUCGACGGCCGAGAGCUGGCCCUGCGCCGGGAACUCUCACAGCUGGGUACCCGGCUGCAAGGCCUGAGUGUGGCCAGCGGGGGCAGCUGCUGUGGGCAGCUGGCCUUCAUCAGGGCCCGCGUGGACAGCCUCGAGAGGAACCUGCAGGCUGUGAUCGAGGCCCACCGGGGCCAUGGCGCCCCCGAUGGGGAUGACCUCACGCGGCUAUCUGCCGCCAUGCUCGAGGUGGGCAUGGAUGGGCUGCCAGAGGGCGUGGAGACCGCCAACGGGACAGGGGGUGGAGCCAGGGGCUGCUGUCUGGGGACGGAGGAGGGGGGCUGGGGCGCGCGCGGCUUCCACACCAUGCUGGAAGAGCGCGUGCAGAGGCUGGAGGAACGCCUGGUGACGCUGGCCGGGGAGCCGAGCCACGACCGCGCCCCUCCAGGCAGGCCGGCUCGGCCUCUCGUGCAGACGGAGCUGGCCGUGCUGGAGCAGAGGCUGGUUUCGCUGGAGACCUCGUGUACCCCCGGCACCACCUCCGCUGUCCUGGACAAGCUCGGGGCCGAGGUGAAGGCCUGGCAGAGCCGGAGCGAGUCCCUCCUGCGCCAGGUGGCCAGUCACGCCAUCCUGCUCCAGCAGCUCAAUGGCACCGUGGCCGAGGUCCAGGGGCAGCUGGCGGAAGCGAUGGGCAGCUCCCUCCAAGGCGAGAUCACCCUGCUCAAGGUCAACCUGAACUCUGUGAGCAAGUCGCUCACGGGCCUCAGUGACUCCGUCAGCCAAUAUUCCGAUGCCUUCUUGGCCGCCAACACCUCCCUGGACGAGCGGGAACGCAAGGUGGAGGCCGAGGUUCACGCCAUCCAGGAGCAGGUCAGCAGCCAAGGCUCGCGGCUUCGGGCUGAUCACAGGCAGGUCCUGAGCCUGCGGGGCGAGCUGGGGCAGCUCAGGGCCAGCAUGGCCGAGGUGGCUGGCGGGCUGAGCCGCUGCCAGGACACGGCCCAGGAGCUCCGGCACGCGGUGGGCCACUUCGAUCAGAGGGUGGCCCAAGUGGAAGGUGCCUGCAGGAGGCUGGGCCUGCUGGCCGCGGGCCUGGACAGCUUGCCAGCCGCGUCGCUGGGGCCCAGGGAGGGCCUGUGGGACCACGUGGACCAGCUGAAUCGCACGCUGGCCCAGCACGCCAAGGACAUCGCCCGCCUCCGGGAUGACCUGCUGGACUGCCGCGCCCAGCUGGCUGAGCGGGUGCGGCCAGGGCAGGCCAAUUAG